AUGGUGUUCCAGGUGACGGCGUUCCAGGUGUUGGCGUUCCAGGUGACGGUGUUCCAGGUGACGGUGUUCCAGGUGUUGGCGUUCCAUGUGACGGUGUUCCAGGUGUUCCAGGUGACGGUGUUCCAGGUGAUGGCAUUCCAGGUGUUCCAAGUGAUGGUGUUCCAGGUGUUCCAGGUGACGGUGUUCCAGGUGACAGCGUUCCAGGUGUUGGCGUUCCAGGUGACGGUGUUCCAGGUGCUCCAGGUGAUGGUGUUCCAGGCGUUCCAGGUGACGGUGUUCCAGGUGACGGCGUUCCAGGUGUUGGCGUUCCAGGUGACGGUGUUCCAGGUGCUCCAGGUGAUGGUGUUCCAGGCGUUCCAGGUGCUCCAGGUGAUGGUGUUCCAGGUGCUCCAGGUGACGGCGUUCCAGGAGUUCCAGCCAGGUGACGGUGUUCCAGGUGAUGGUGUUCCAGGUGUUCCAGGUGUUGUGACGGUGUUCCAGGUGAUGGCAUACCAAGUGUUCCAGGUGAUGGCAUUCCAGGUGUUCCAGGUGGCGGUGUGUUGGCGUGAUGGCAUUCCAGGUGUUCUAGGUGACAGUGUUCCAGGUGAUGGCAUUCCAGGUGUUCCAGGUGAUGGCAUUCCAGGUGUUCCAGGUGAUGGCGUUCCAGGUGUUCCAGGUGACGGUGUUGCAGGUGUUCCAGGUGACAGUGUUCCAGGUGACGGUGUUCCAGGUGCUCCGGGUGCUCCAGGUGAUGGUGUUCCAGGUGAUCCAGGUGACGGUGUUCCAGGUGUUCCAGGUGAUGGUGUUCCAGGUGACGGCGUUCCAGGUGUUGGCGUUCCAGGUGACGGCGUUCCAGGAGUUCCAGGUGACGGUGUUCCAGGUGAUCCAGGUGACGGUGUUCCAGGUGAUCCAGGUGACGGUGUUCCAGGUGUUCCAGGUGACGGUGUUCCAGGUGUUCCUGGUGUUCCAGGUGACGGUGUUCCAGGUGAUGGUGUUCCAGGUGUUCCAGGUGUUCCAGGUGAUGGUGUUCCAGGUGACGGCAUUCCAGGUGUUCCAGGUGACGGUGUUCCAGGUGAUGGCAUACCAAGUGUUCCAGGUGAUGGCAUUCCAGGUGUUCCAGGUGGCGGUGUUCCAGGUGUUCCAGGUGACGGUGUUCCAGGUGUUCCAGGUGACGGUGUUCCAGUUGUUCCAGGUGACGGUGAUCCAGGUGACGGCGUUCCAGGUGUUGGCGUUCCAGGUGACGGUGUUCCAGGUGAUGGCGUUCCAGGUGUUCCAGGUGACGGUGUUCCAGGUGAUGGCAUUCCAGGUGUUCCAGGUGAUGGUGUUGCAGGUGUUCCAGGUGACGGUGUUCCAGGUGAUCCAGGUGACGGUGUUCCAGGUGAUCCAGGUGACGGUGUUCCAGGUGUUCCAGGUGACGGUGUUCCAGGUGUUCCAGGUGACGGUGUUCCAGGUGUUCCAGGUGAUGGUGUUCCAGGUGACGGCGUUCCAGGUGUUGGCGUUCCAGGUGACGGCGUUCCAGGAGUUCCAGGUGACGGUGUUCCAGGUGAUGGCGUUCCAGGUGUUCCCGGGGUUCCAGGUGACGGUGUUCCAGGUGAUGGCAUUCCAGGUAUUCCAGGUGAUGGCAUUCCAGUUGUUCCAGGUGAUGGCGUUCCAGGUGUUCCAGGUGAUCCAGGUUCCAACAAUUGA